AUGUCGGUCUCCAGGAGCCGUCUGGCGGAAGAGCGCAAGGCGUGGCGCAAGGACAAGCCCUUCGGCUUCCACGCCAGGCCGGAGACGAAUCCCGAUGGGUCGUCGAACUUGCUGCGGUGGAAGUGCCACAUUCCGGGGCGGCCCAACACGCUGUGGGAGGGCGGGUUCUACCCCAUGACGAUGGAGUUCCCUGAGGAAUACCCCACCAAGCCGCCCAAGUGCAAAUUCGCGCAAGGUUUCUUUCACCCAAACGUGUACCCCUCUGGCACCGUCUGCCUCAGCAUCAUCAAUGAGGAGGAGGGCUGGAGGCCAUCCAUCACAGUGAAGCAGGUGUUGUUGGGGAUUCAGGAACUUCUUGACACCCCCAACCCCGGCAGCCCUGCCCAGUCAGAGGCCUUUCUGCUGUACACCAACAACCGGGCGAAGUACAAUCAGUGCGUAAAGGAGCAGGCCCACAGGUACCCACCUGGAUGA